AUGGUGUAUGGACAGUUCUACCACAAAGCAGGAGACAACCAGGAGAUGAUUAAUAUCAACGUGGGGGGCUUGAAGCAAAAAAUCGAGCAAACAGCACUGUUAAAGUUCCCAGAAACUAGACUAGGAAAGCUGCUGGAGUGCGUCUCAGAGGAUAAAUUGGAAUUGUGCGAUGACUAUGACGAGGACAACGAUGAAUAUUACUUUGACAGAAACCCGAGUCUGUUUCACUACGUGCUGAACUUCUAUAACACCGGAAAGCUGCACGUGAUGGAGGAGAUGUGUGUGUUCUCCUUCAGCCAAGAGAUUGAGUACUGGGGCAUCAGCGAGCUUCGCAUCCACCACUGCUGCAUAUACAAAUACCACGAGCGCAAGGAGAACUUGGUGGAGAAGGAGUUUGACAUUCAGAGUGACGACGUAAGCAUCUUAUCUUUGGAAGAUUUCGACAGCAUCCCCCAACAAAUCGAGAACUUUAAGCACAAGUGGCAAGGGGAAUACAGGAAGAGGCUGUGGCUUGUUCUCGAGAAUCCAGACUACUCCAUACUAUCCAAGGUUUAUACUGUCUCCUCUCUGACCAUGGUGAUAAUUUCCAUCAUUUCUAUGUGGGUUCACAGUUUGCCUGAAUUUCAGAAAGAACCAGAGGACCCAACUUUUGUGGUGUUCGAAGUGUUCUGUAUCGUGUGGUUUACCACUGAAUACGCAGCCAGAUUGAUAGCCGCCCCAUGCAUUAGGAAGUUCUUGAGGAGUUCGUUGAACAUCAUUGACUUUUUAUCCUUUUUGCCUUUCUUCAUCACCUUGGCGAUUGAGCGGAUUGGCGAGGGCAUCUCGGGGCUGGAGAACAUUGGGCGUGUAGUGCAAGUCCUACGACUGAUGAGAAUCUUUCGGAUCCUCAAGCUGGCUCGCCAUUCCAAUGGGCUGCAGUCACUGGGAGCGACCUUCACGCACAGCUUUGAGGAGGUAUGGCUCCUGUUCGUGUUUCUGACCGUGGGCAUAGCCAUCUUCUCGGCUCUCAUCUAUUCAACUGAAAAGGAAGAGGAAGAAGCUGGAAUCAAUAGCAUUCCUGUUGGCUGGUGGUGGGCAACCAUUACCCUGACCACAGUGGGCUAUGGGGACACUUGUCCUGUCACCAUCCCAGGCAAGAUCGUCGCCAGUGUCUGCAUAAUAUUUGGUCUUCUGAUGGUCGCUCUGCCGGUCACGGUGAUAUUUAACAAGUUCACUAAAUAUUAUAAAAGGGAAGAUUACGUUGACCCUGUCAUUCGCAAUCAAGAAAUUAGGAACCUAGUGGCGGGUGCGCCUUGUGUGAACAUCAGGGAUAUUUACGUGAAGAAGAUGCGCUCCAGUUCUAAUGCUAAUGUAUUGGCUAUGGGCAACACACUGUAUGAGAAGCAAAGCUCCACAGAGUCCUUACACCCCAUUGGCACCCCGAUGGGAGUGAGAAAGAGUGAGAGUGAAAAUGGGCUGAACACUGACUGA